CAUGCACUUUCGUUUUCUCGAUAUCGAGACUGAACAUAGCACUUGGAUCCUCGGCUCUCUUUUACUUCAUUGUUGCACAUCAGCAAACAUCCCCUUCUCUGAUCGAGAAUUUUCACUGCUGGUUUUAAAGCCUUAUCUUUUGGCAAGCCUCAAACAGUCAUGGCCUAUAUGUCAUCAGCACAACCAGCUUUUGGUGCCGUAAAUUCAGGCUUCAGUUUUGGAUCAGCAGUGUCAGAGACCAAAUCUGCUCCCAAAACUGAAAUAACAAAUAAACCUCAGAUCCCUCCUCUAGAUUUUAUACCCUUGCUGGAAAAGCAGUGGAGAAUUAUGGAUUGGAGUGAAGAAGCGAAGGAGACCCUGAUGGAGUCGGUCAGGUCGUUUAAACCGGCCAGCGAGAGCGUGACUGAAGCCAGGGUUCUGCUGAUCGGCCCAGUCGGCGCUGGGAAGUCCAGCUUCAUCAGUUCUGUCCAGUCUGUGUUCUCUGGACGGGUCGUUAACAGAGCCAUGGUGGGAUCCUCAUCCUCCACCAGCUUCACCAAGAAGCUUCGCUCGUUCAGCAUCAGAGGGGCCGGAGAGAAGGCGGACGAGCCCACAGCUCUGGUCAUGUGCGACGUCAUGGGGGUCGGAGAAGGAGAAAUCACUGGACUCACUCUUCAUGAUGCGCUGUCGGUCAUUAAAGGACACGCUCCAGAGGGACACCAGUUUAGUCCCGAUCAGCCAGUGGGAGUGGAGACCGUGGGCUACGCGCGGAAGCCGAGCGUCACGGAUAAAGUGCACUGCGUGGUGUUUGUAGUAGACGCCUCAAAGGUCGGCUCAUACGCCAAAAGCUUCGGCACAACCUUCCAGCAGCUCAGAGAACACAUCAGCAAUCUAGGCGUACACCAGGUGGCAUUGCUGACCCACGUGGACCAAGUCUGUAAAACUACCGGAAGUGACGUCACCAACGUUUACCGGAGCCUGGCCGUUCAGCAGACAAUGGUGAAGGCCGGAGCGCUGCUGGGAAUGGCCACUUCCUACAUCGUCCCAGUGAAGAACUACUGCUCAGAGCUGGACCUGGACGAAAACGUAGAUAUUCUACUGCUCAAAGCUGUCGAUCAUAUCUUACAAUAUGUCAAUCUGUAUUUCCAAGACAACAGCGACUAAAGCACUUCAGUAAGAAAAAAACGUCACAUUCCCCAAAAUGAAUUCAUCUCAAUUUUGUCCCAUUGAAAUGUUGAUGCCAAAGCUUGUAAUUCUUUGAUAAAAUUAUUGUAAGUUUAUAAAACUUUAAGUUCUUUACAAUAUAUAUGCGUUUAAAUUGUCAGUGAGCUUUGACCAAAGCUUUGGGUUGGUUGUGAGGUUAUUCGGUUAUGAGGGUCUCGUGUGUUUUAGGCUUGUUUACUGUAAUGCAGACACCUAUUUAGUUGAUGUGCACCCUAAGUGCCCUUUUAUACAGAAUGCUUUUAUGUGUUAAAAGUGUGGUGGAAUUUAAAAGCUAUAGAUGCUUGUUUCUGCCACAGAAUCAAA